GGCGUCGCUUUACUCGCCUCGAUUCUGUGCUGGCGGCGCCACUGCUGGGGGCGGCCAUGUCCACGGACCGCGUCCAGGCAGGCCAGACAGCUGGUCAAGGGUGUGUACUCGCUGCACCCUGUUGCGGAGCCUUGGAACGUUUCUUGGAGUGUGGCUGUGUUGGCGGCGUGCAGGCGUGGAUCGCCAUCCCUCCGAAGCUCGUCAUCCUAACCCCGUCGUCAACCUUCCAGCUACUCUUACCGCUGCAACCGGCUCGCUCGCGCUCUGCAUCCCCGUUCUAUGCAAACUCCGAAUGACUUCGAUGCCUCGUCUGAAACCGCCGAAUUAGUCUCCUUCCUCCCAAUCGCGCCCGUUCUGCACGACGACGUACCGCCACAAACUUUCGAGUCAGCCUCGCGAGGUAUACCGGGCUAUGCGUCAUUGGACAGCACACAUCAUGCCGGAAAGGCGGUUCAGCUCUGUGGAUAUGCCGAAGCCUUUCAGGAGGGCAUUUCCGCCAACACGGCUGUGGAUGCUUCCCUACGGAAGACCGCGUCGAAGGAAAGCAACCUGUCUGGUAUAGCAGACCUUCCCUGGGCUCCUCCGCAUAUGGUCUGCGAAUCUCCGAGGACCAUAUGGAACCUAGACGGGCUUGAUGAUUUCAACUUCGAGCCAGGCUCGCUACAGAUGCCAUCGCCUUACUCCCUUCUUGGAAGCUGGGCCUCGGAUCCCCAAGUCCAGACCUUCGAGGGCCUUCAGCUUAUGGAAUACCAGACGGCAACCAUAGAGCCUGCGAGGCGUGCGAAAGAACCGCCGAUGUGGUCCCAUGUGUCAUCCUCUUCGGCCUGGACGUCAGAACCCACUAGCCCCUCGUCUCAACCAUCUAUAGGCUCCGUAUCUAUAUCGGACAGGCGCAGGCGCUUUUCGUCGUCUAGUCGUGGCAGCCAGUCUCUCAAGCGCCGCAUCAACUCUAUCAAGCACCUGAAGCCCGCCAAAGACACCAUCGAUCCGUUUUGCUGCGAGACAUGUGGACGAUCGUUCAAAUACAAAAAGGACCUCGAGAGACAUAAGCACUCUGUUCACAACAGCCAGGCCAGCUGGUUCUGCCCAGUUGAAGGAUGCAGAUUUGCUGUACAGGGGUUUAGCCGGAAAGACAAAGCUUUUCAGCACGUCAAGACGCACCAGCGCGAUUUGGCCACCGGCAUCGAACCUAUCUUCGUCAAUUCGGAGGAAGGCAUUACGCUAAAUCUACAACAGAGCGAGACUUCAGGGACCUCACCAGCUAUUCUUGCUCUUGGCUCCUCGACGACCGAUUCCGUCUCGGACGAUGCUUCGGCGAUUGUUCAUUCGACGAUAAGGACGCCUCCCCGGAUAGACGCAAGACCUCAUAAGUGUUCAGUCUCCGGUUGUAAUACGACAUUCGCGCACUCGCAUGAUCUUAGGAGGCAUAUGAAGACGAAGCACUUAGACCUGAGGUCCGGCGAAGGAUAUAGAUGCGCGGCUCCUGGCUGUCCAUCGGCUGAUAAGGUGUGGACACGCCUGGAUAACUUCAGACAACACAUAUCAAGGAGACACGGGGGCGAGGAUGUCGAUAUUGAGGCACUGAUUCGCAGCUCGGCUAGGGUAAACCAAGCUGGCAGCACAUUUCCUUUCACAGUUACCACACCGGAUACGUUUUCUCAAAUACGUUCAUAAUACGUUGAAUCGCUUCAGUCCGCAUUUGCAAUACCGCGAGCAAGCUUAUACCGUCUAGUUUGAUGCAUGAUCAGC